GAACGACGCGGUCGAUGGCUGCUUCUUCUUGCACAGAUAUUAGAAACGCUGCCCUCGGAGUUUGUUUUAAUUUCUGCACACAGCCAAGAUUCGCGAUUGAAUUUUGCGUUGGCCGAAGCGAACGCAAUCGGAACGGAUAGCCCACGGAUUGGCCAAGGAUACGGGAACGGAAAAUAGGAAGGGAUACGGCGGAUAUUACGCACGGGAGAGAUGUGGCCCCAAACGCUGGAAAUGUCGCGGGACGAGUGCCGAGGCAUGUUGCGUCGACUUGAACUCGAAUCCUAUUCGCAUAUAAUAAGCGUUUUUCGCGCUCAAGGAGCCCUCAAUGAGCCCAAGGCAAAACUGCUCGAGGAGCUUCGGCAGCUGUUCCACAUCACCCAGGAGCGUCAUCGGGCGGAGGUCAGGAGGGCGGCCAACGACGAACAGCUCUGCACGAUAGCCGAAAAUGUUGGUGGCCCAAACACCUGGCAGGAGUGGUCGCGGGAGGGCCGACGGCCGUAUCCGCUGCUUCCGAGGAUCAGUCCGCAGACAGCACUCACCAUAGUUGCCAACGACCUGGCGGCCAAGGUUUGUGCAGAGAAUGCCAAAUUGGCGGCGCCCGCCGAAACGGGAAUCCACUUCGGAGAAGCCCUUAUGGAGCAGGCCUCGUACGUAAGCCUAAAGCACAGCAGGAGCAUCAGGAGUCAGGAUCAGCCCACGGUGAUCAUGGAGGAGCCAUUCAAGGUGCCCGAUGUGCCCAACGAGGUGAAAAAGAUGACACAGAAGCGCAAGGAGUCCGAAAGCGGAGGAGAUGGAAAGCCAACCAAGCGACGCCACAUGCAGCAGCAGCCACAGAACCCAAAUCCCCUGAUUCCCCAGCAGCAGGCGCAGCCGACGGCGCAAUCGCCAUCCGGAAACUCUGCCGCCGAAGAGGGUGAACCUGCGCCACAGGAGCAGCGGCCCAGUCCACGCACCGUUCAGCAGCGGUUCUUCUAUCAGCAGCAGAUGAAGCACAAGCAACGCCUGGCCAGCAAAAGGAAUUUGGCCAACAGCUUGGGUGCCUCCCCGCAUACGGGGAAUGCUCACGGCGGUCGCCACAUUUCAUCGGCCGGUGGAGAUGCUGUAGCCAGUGGUAAGAGGAUAGCUGCCCCUGCCAAAAGCGGAAGGCGGGCCCAGAAGCAACUCCAACAGCAACAGAAGUUGCAUCAGCAGCAGCACCACCACCUCCAGCAGCCGCAGCAGCAUCAGCAGCAGCAACCGAAAGUAUUAUUGCAAUCCCCGGAGGCAGUGCCCAAUCAUAUGGUGGUGCAACCGCAUGUAGAAUAUGUUCUCGACGAGGCGCUAAAAACAUUGGCAGCCAGCUCAUCCCCCACCCCCACACCUACGCCCACGCCCUCAUCCACAGCCACUCCCCCCUACACCUUGGUCAAUGAGCAGAGGCCGUUGGUGACUUUGAAACCAUUGAAGCCGUUGAAACCACUGGUCUAUGGUCCGCAAAGUGGGUCGGGUGCCGGUGAAAUCGGUUCACCCACCACGCCAAGCUCGCGGGGUUUUGCCAGCUCGCCGAUUGUUUUUAAGGAUAAGUUGCAGGCCUCGCCGGUGCUGCUUCAAGCCCAAAGCCAGAGCACUCCAGUGAACAAGUACAUUGUGGAAGAGAGGCAGCCGGACUUGUCACCUUCUGCGCCAAGCACUUCCAGACCCAUUUCCACCGCAACUCUUCCCCUGACUCCCCAGAUCAUCAGUGUCCAGCAGAUUCCGGCGCCGCCGAUGGGCGCUAAGUUGCGACCAGCGGUUGCAUCUCCUACGAGUUCCAACAGCUCCAUCUUGCCACCGGGUACAAAGCUCACUCCCAAGAAAAUCAAUCUACGUGAAGGCGACCCCAAAACUAAGACUUUGCCCAGUCCUGCGGUGCGUCUACUGCCCUACACGGAACCCAUAGGAAGCCCCUUGUCCCCGCUAAAGGACUCCAGGGUGACCCCGUUGAGCAGCGCCUCCACAGUGAACAUAAUCAAAAAUAUACCAGCGAGUAGCUUGAAUAACACGCUGAUUACUCCUCUGCCGGCAGGAGCAACCAGUAUGCCAGGGAAUCUCUUCAGGGCUAAGGUGACCACCCCGCAGAUAAAGUCAGUGAGUGCAGCGAGCAGUACGUCCACAGUGUCGAGCGGAGUGGCUACGGGAGCAACCACUACCAGUGGAACAACAGUUCCAUCGGUGGCUCCACAAAUUUUGGGCAACAUCAAGCUAACCACCUCCACCGGUGGAUCGGCUACCAUUAAACAGGUGCCCAGCAGCGCCCUCCGCAAUUUCAAGAUUUGCUCACCGAACGGAAAGUUGUUCCUUCCGGGCAAACUUCCAGCUGGGAGCAUUAUACACAAGCUCAACAAUGCAGGAAGUGCCCCAGGAGCGGUAGCGGCCACAGCAGUGUCCACCAGUAGCACCACCUCCUCAGCCAUCUCGCCAAAUCCGGCGAGGGAACAGAGAAUCAGUAUCCAGAAGAUGCAGAUACUUCCGGCUGGCGGUAGUGGGAGUGCUGCAGCAGCAGGUGGAGCAGGAGCAGGCGGAAGCCCAACAGCUACUACCAUUACCGGCUUGAGUACGAGUGUGAAGCAGCCAAGCUUGAGCGGCAAACCCACCACACUCACCUUUGCCACUGCUGGCGGUGGCAAGAACAACUUGGUCUUCCUGCCGGCUAGUGCCGCGAGCGGAAUGCGUGCGGUCACCCUGGCGACGGGAAAGCCCAAGCCGAAUGUGGUUGUAAUAGGAGCCACCACGUCCACUUCCUCAGCAGGCAGUGCCACGUCUCCCAAUCCUGCGGCAGGUGCCAGCAAGCCCAAAGCCAACCAGUUGAUUACCGAGGACACUCCCAUCGAUAUUAUCAACAUGCCAAUAAUUGUGGCGGACAAUGGCACCAGCUCGGAGGUGGUCAAGCAGGGACCCUCGAAGAAUACCCCUGUGGUGGUGUUCAAUGCCACCGAUUGGGAGAUGGAGUUGGAUCAGGCGGCCACCAAAACUGCCAACACUUCGUCGAAGCAGAAACUAGAAGACGUCAUAGUGGAAGAAGACGAAGAGGAGGAGCUCGAGGACAGAAUAGAUACGGACCAUCCCAUUGACCACACAUCCUCCUCGGACCACAACAAUAGCAUUAUCGAACUGAAUCCAGAGGAUGAUAGUACCAUAGAAUAUGUGGACAUGGACCUGGAGCAGCCUAUCGAGAUCGAGAGCACCAGUAACAUAUCCCCGGAGACCACCACCUCGCUAAAGGCGGCCAUUGUCUCAGCGUCGGCCUCGCCGCAGAAGAAACAGCCACUAGAGCAGCCGCUCGGUGCUGGAGCUGCCGCUCUGUAAAUCACCCGCUAGUUAUAUUACCUUAAAGAUUCCCCAUUUCGAGAAAAUCGAGUGAGAGAACGCACACAGCAGACCCGGUUCGGAAUAGGUUUAGUUAGUAGUUUAGCUUCAAUGUCGAGAGUUCUCCAUCAUCCCCGGUUACCAUUAUC